AUGACGAACAAUCCACUGCCUGUCGUCGGUACCAGGAUUUCUCUGGCAGGAUCACUCGGAACCAUCAGAUAUGCCGGCCCUGUGUCUGGUACAAGGGGCGAGUGGCUAGGCGUUGAAUGGGAUGAUGCCGUUCGCGGAAAACAUGAUGGUGUUAAAGACGGCCAACGUUAUUUUGAGUGUCUAGUACCGAAUUCGGGCUCGUUCAUUCGUCCUAGUGCACCUCAGCUUGAUUACGGACGAUCCUUCCUUCACGCUUUGGUGAACAAGUAUGUAGAACUUCCACAGGGGUCUACUGGAAGCGAGUAUGUCACCCUGGGAUCCUCGAAUGGCGCUAUACAAGUAGAGGCCGUUAACCUCGACAAGAUCCGUGGUAAAUUCUCGGAUAUUGAGAGACUCCGCGAGAUUAGUCUGGAUAGAGAAGGAGUGGCUUAUCAAGAUGAGCCAGGCGCUAUUCGGGGAAGAUGCUCCAAUCUCCGCGGGGUGGAUUUAUCGUAUAGCUUGAUACCAUGCUGGGAUGUGAUAUCGUUGAUUGCAGAAGAACUGCCUUCCCUGGAGCGCUUGGCAUUGAACAAUAAUCGGUUUCGGUCAUUCACAAAGCCUCCCGGCCUGAAUACCUUCGCCAAACUCGAAGAAUUGCAACUUAGCGGCACUAUGACCUCUUGGCAAGAGAUGCUCUCGAUUAUAUCGCACAUGCCAAGAUUGAGGCAUAUCGAGAUGGGUUACAAUCGCCUCAACACUCUCACAUCCGAUGGAUACCAGUGGUCGACACAUUGCGGUCUUGAGUUGGUCAAUCUUGACAACAACCGCCUGAAUGAGUGGCUUGAGAUUGCACGUGCUCUUAGGCCGAUGGAGAGACUAGAGAAGUUGAUUCUCGCAGAGAAUACCUUAAGUAAGAUCCCGAUGCCCGCCUCAACAGAGAUACCUCUCCAUUGGAAGUAUCUCUCGUUGGUAUCUACUGGUGUGCAUCAAUGGUCGUCAAUCGACGCACUUGCUCAGUGGUGUCCUCGUCUCGAAGGCCUGAGUCUCUUUGGGACACCGUUGGUUGAAGACCCAGAGAACAAUCGCGUGUGGAGACAAGUCGUCAUUGCACGCCUACCCGAACUCCGAGUUCUGGAUGGCGCCACAGUGUCUGACAGGCAACGAACCGACGCAGAGCUCUUUUACAUCUCGAUGGUGGCGCGAAUGGAGUACCCCUCUGAUGAAGCGCGGAAUCUGGCCCAUCCACGCUGGACCGCGCUGUGUCAACUACACGAGACGGCCACCGAUGGUCGACCCUUCCCCGUCAAAGAAGACAAGCUUAGCUCCAGACUGAUACCUAUCAAGGUCAGCCUUGUGCAUGCAUCCCAACCACCGGAGAAUAGCGAGAGUAUACCAGAAGCCCAAGUCGUCCGCAUCUUGCCGACUGCCCCUCUACGCACCGUACGCAUGAAGCUCCUCAAGUCGUUGAAAGCACCUCGUGGUGCGAGGGCGGAUGUAUGGGUGCGCAUGCUCGGCGGCGCAUACAGUCGUAUCGGCGAGCCGGACGGAUCAGAUGAAGGGCGCGAGAUUGCCUGGUGGCUAGAUGAAGAGUCUGAAGUUGUGCUGUGCUUGCAGAGUUGA